GCUAAGUUCAGUCAAUGAGAACAGACCCUUAGUUUGUUGUUUUAGUUGGUUUUUGGUUAUAAGAAUAUUUUUCGUUAUAUGGAUCUAUUGUCCAAAAAAAAAAAAAAAAAAAGUUAGACCUCAACCCGACUUACCACAUGAGCCUUUUUUGGCCAAAGCCCGACCCGUCCCCCUCCGUCUACGGUGUAGGGUGGAGGCCCAACUAGCAGCACACCGCACACUCUUCCUUGUUUCCCGUUUCAUAAUCAAAAUAGCAAAGUAAAGUAAUAAUUACAAAAGAGAGCAAACUUCAACUCACUCACUUACACAAGAGAGAGAAAAUACCAACAAUGGCAGUUUCAGUCAUUAUUUUAGUCAUCGUCAUCGCACUCCACCUCCUUGCUUUCGUCUUUGCUGUCGGCGCCGAACGCCGCCGCAGUAUGGCCGAGGUUGUACCAGACCAGUACGAUGAGCAUACGUACUGUAAGUACGGUACUGAUGCUUCAACGUUGUACGGAGUAGCUGCGAUUUUUUCGCUGUUAAUUAGUCAUUUGGUUGUUCAUGGUGUUACUAAGUGUCUCUGUUUUGGUAAAGGUCUUGUUGGUGGGUCCACUACUUGUGCCAUCUUCUUCUUCAUUUUUUCAUGGGUGACCUUCCUGGGCGCUGAAACAUGCUUGUUAGCUGGUUCAGUUAAAAAUGCAUAUCACACAAAAUACCAAGGAGUCUUUGGUGGAGCACAUUUAUCAUGCGCUACCCUCCGCAAGGGAGUUUUUGCUGCAGCAGCCGCAUUGACAUUGUUGUCAAUGAUUGGGUCUGUCAUCUAUUACUGGAUCCACUCCAAGGCUGAUACUGGUGGCUGGCAGAGGCAUCAAAAUGAAGGUAUUGGUAUGGCAGCUUCAGAUAUGACACAGCAGCCUCAUCAUCAAACUGGUGAUGUUAGGAAGCCUUAAUGCUUCAUAGAAAUCGACACGGUAUCAAUUAAGGUUCGGGAAGUUGGAUAGAGCUUACCUUAUUGAUGUGUAAUAUAGUAAUAUAUGUGGUGAUUGAUUUGGUCCAAAUGAUGCAUUACUGCUCUACUAUCGAUAUUCUAUUUACAGUAAAAUAGGUUUUGUUGUUUGUUUUUGUACUUCAGCUGUAUAUCAAUUUCUUCACCAGCCUUCUGGGGCUUUCUUUGCUGUUUACCUUCUCCACAAUUAGUACGUGGUUUCAUGCAGCUGCAAUGAAAGCCAUAGUUGCUGUGCCUUGGUCAUAUUAGAUGUAUGUAUGUGAGUUCUCUUUUAGAUUAUGUGACUCGAUUGCAACUACUCCUUAUU